UUCACUUAUUAUUGUUGUUAGUUAUCUUAAGGCGUCUGCUGCUCGAAACAUCUUGGCAAAAGACUACCUGGAUAUUCUACAUUGGCCGCUUAACUGCUUCUAAAUUGAACACAUUUUGAAUUAGCAAUAAGUGUGAUAUGAGAUUGCCAGGUUAUCGAUAACAAAUAGUGAAGAUGUUUCGAGUUGCCACUUUGAGAGUUACAUUUCUCAUUACGGUUUUCAACAGUUUGGCAUUGGACUUAAUUUUAGGGCAGACGAGCACAUCGACUCUGCCGGGCGGAGUAGCAGACGAGCAGACAGAUUGCGCUCUGUUGAGGCUUCAGAUGAGCCAAGUGUUUCGUCAGACCUUUGAAAGCAAAGUUCCUCUUAAUUAUCUGAAUGAUCUGCUCCCAAGCUGGGUUGAAUCAGGUCUACCAAGCAGGUGUGCAGCCAGCAAAAACGUCUACGGCGAGUUCGACCCUUCAUCCAAGAACGACAAAGGUGGCCCGCUUGGAACACUGGGCCCCACCGAUAAUAUUUUUACCACGAGCGUGAAAACGGCAUGGUCUGUGGAGAAAGAGUUCCAGGUGAAGAUGGGUGAAAAUGGUCAGACGACAUCCAUUAAGACCCAGACGAACGAAAGUUGGACUGAACCAGGGGUGGCACGCCCAAGAAGAAACUCUGAUGCUGAUGUAAUGCAAGUGAUGAACUUGGUAGACAUUCCCAAUCUCCGACUAAGAAGGUUCGUUGGUGGAAUGGGUGGCGGGGGCAUGGGAGGUAUGGGGUUAGGUGCAGGAGGCGGUCCAGCACCCGCCAGAGAGAUCACAGAAGCAGAGCAAAUGAUGAAUACGCUUCUAAUGUUUACCAAUUUUCAAAAGCUGAUGCACGCACGGGAGAUGAGUACUUUGAGGAAAAGCGUUUCCAACGACAGGCCAGCCAUCGGAAACGGGAUGUACGGCGAUUCCUACCACGGGAAGCGUCGCAAGAGAGAAUCCACUCCGCAUUCAAGGCACAAGCGCUUUCUUUUCGGCGGGGCUGAGCCCGGCGACCCGGCCCCUAUUAACCCCCUGUUUGAUGUAUACGGCAUGCUGACCGGAACGGCCACUGAUCCCAACACGGGAAAGCCGGUGGAAUUCGGGGGUGACGUCAUGAGAAACAUGGCGACCCGCACGUUCAUGUCUUUUCUACCUUUAAGCGCUCAGCCCCCUCCAGGUAAAGAGCCUCCUGAGAUGUUUAAACACAUGGCAUCGAUGUGGUACAUGAACACCUUACAAAACGUGUUAAAUCCGCAGCCCGUUAGGCCCAGAUCAUACGCAGUACAGCCGAGGCGAGUUAAUGGUUACUACGGAGACACGCUUCCAGGGAAAAAGAAAAAACGAGAAUCGGGCACCGCCAAUGAGGUCAGCUCCAGAUCAAAGAGGCAAGUGAUGGAGGUGAAGGUCGAUGGCCCGCUAGUGUCAGGCCCACCGAAACCUAUGACCUUCUACAAUAAUAAAGUUUUUUACGGCGAUCCUUUAAUUUCAUUUGGUCCUGCGACCGCCCCCAACUACAACCAUGCUAUGUCUAGCGCCCCCAACUACAACCAUGCUAUGUCUAGCGCCCCCAACUACAACCAUGCCAUGACCAUGUUUAGACAAGUACUACAACGAAAUCAGAAACUCAGGCAGCAACAAGAGAAGCAGCUGCUGGAGAAGCAACGGCGGGAGAAACAAGUUCAGACUGUUUACACCCAAUACACUAGCCAACAAAACGUACUUGCGCGAAGAAGUUGGCCAAACUCUGGAAGCUCAUACACUCAGCAGGAAGUAGUGCCGUCACUUUACAUUCCUAUGCGCGGAGAUUCCAAUAUUCAACAAAAUGUACCUGCGCAAAGAAGCUGGCCAAACUCUGGGAGCUCUUACACUCAACAGGAAGUAGUGCCUCCACUCAACAGUCCGAUGCGCGGAGAUUCUUACCCACGCACUUCGUCCACCCAGGUUGGACGCUAUCAACCUCGACCCACUUACCGGCCGGUGGAUCCUUUCAUCCUAAAUCCCACUGAUAACCCUGACUUGUUAAAUCAAGGCAUUGACCCGUUCAUUCCUAACCCCACUACAACUACAACUACAACACCCGAGCCAACUACGACUCCACCUGGAAAAAGAAAAAGGCGAUCUGAAGACGUUGUUUCAAAGGAAGAGAACCUUUAUGCAAGAGUCAAACGAGCAGAUAAAAACAAAGGCAAUGAUAUUCCCUUUUGGGACAUCAUCUUGCCGCCUUCAUUUCUGAAUGGAAUAUCAUCUUCCGGUAUUUAUUUCGACCAAUUCGACCCAACUUCCGGUAUUUAUUAUUCUGGAAAAGAAAAAAAUUCAUCUCCUAAAAAUGUCAAUGGACCAUUACAAGUUUCCAAUGGGGCAGUCUUAAAUAGCCAUGGGUCUAGUGGCCUUGGUCAGUCAAACGGUCUAGUGUCGAGCUCUUUUGGUUACGUUGCCAACUCAGACGGUCGGUUUUAUCCUUUGAAACCAGACAAGUCCAGUUACAUUUCGAACAAGGGAGAACUCAUCUAUGGCGACCGUCCACAAUGGUCAGCAAACAGCAACGUUUAGAACUCCAGGUCGAGGUCAUAAUAGAUGUGCACUUGCCUAUAAAAUAUACUAAGCGUCGUCAUUCUUGUUAUUUCAAUUAGACACAUCUGACACACAUAAGAGGGGGCAAGUUGGUGAUUAAUAGUAGCAAGUAAUAUCACGCAUUUAGUUGUUAAAGGGAAAAAAAAACAUAUCGGAGAUUGUCAUUCAAUGGAGGCAGUGUUCAAGGUGUUUCGGUGUAUCUGGUGUACAAGAUAAGGAAGUGUUACGAACUCUGGGUCUACAUUUGUAAAAACCAUAUAAUAAUUGUUGUUCCUUUAUUUUUUUAAUAAAAAAAUAUGAAACGAUAAGAAAUCAGAUUUGUAAACAAAGAGUAUACUUUCUGUAUAGAACCUAUAGUAUGAAAAUCUUCAAUAAUAAACAUUAAUGGCAAAGAAUUAAAUAUAUACAAGACAUUGUCUUUGAUUCCGAAGAUUAAGGAUGACUCCUAGAUGACUAUUCUAUUUUUUUUUCUUUAGAUCUUUUCUCAUUUCUUGUAUUCGCCGACUUAGCAAUUCUAAAUUUAUACUUACCCUCCCCCCCCCUCCUUACUGGAAGAGUGGGCCAAAAUUAAAUUUGUCAUCAUUUUGAUGUAAAAAAAAAAGUUUAACUCCGAAAGUGAGUCAGCAUUAAUUGUAUGCGAUCUAAAUAGCAAUGAAAACAACGCUUAAAAUAACAAACAGGUAAAAAAAGACACCCACAGCUGACCUUUAAACUUUAGUACUUUUGCAUGCACUCUUAGAACAUUCUAGCUCUGGGAUAAAUAAAAAGUUGCCUUUGAAUUAACUCUGUAACAAAUAGAGACACACUUAGUAGUGACAAAAAAAAAAGGGAAAAAGGGGGGGGGGGUCAAAGGGAGACUACCUAGUUGACAAAAAAAAAAAACAAGAGUUGUUUACCAUGCCAAAGAAUUUCACAGUAGUACAUCCUACCUAAACAUUUUUCUUCACAAAGACUGAGGAAAUCUAGAUUUAGAAUUUACUUACAAGCUUAAAAAAAAAAGAGAUUGGUUUAACACAAACCAUUUUUCUAUGGUCCAGUUAUUUUAGCGCCAGUUCAAAGACCUUCACAAAUGUAGUAUUCUAAAUUUAGGCCUAACCUCCCUACCCCCAACCUUUUUACAAACUCACCCUGUCUGGCUGGUACAUGAAACUUUGCUCAAUUAUUCAAUGUAGACAAGGCAUGAGACAGUGAAAAAAACAAACCAAUUACUUACUGGUAAUUAAUUAUUUUGUUUGAUACCAACGAGGGAAAUUAAUCCUACAGUAUUUACAGAUAUAGCUAAAUAUGUAGGGUUUGGUCCCCUUAGAUAAUUGCACUCGUUAUUUCUAUACACACAUUCUCGGAUCAAGUGGAAACUUUCAUCAUUUAUUGUACCUUCAUGAAUCAAUUUUAAAAAACAUUUAACCUUAUUCUUAACCUUAUGAUUGAUAUCGAAUAAGGAAAAUAACUUCUACAUUAUUGAGAUAUAUAGUUGUAUCCUUUUUUUAUUUCCAUACAUUCUCGCAAUCUUACUUCCUCAUUUCUUAAACAGCUAGAGUAGUUCGUAAAUUCCCCUUACAGUUCAUAGGCACAUGCCCUUGUCAAUGUUUUGUUUUUCUGGCCACUUUUUAAAAUUGUAUCGAUGUGUUUGUAAUAACGAUUAGAAACUUCCAGCCAAUGUGUUUUCUUUCUUUCCAGACAUUCGUAUGUUACUGUGUGUCCCCAAUGCUAGUAGUGGUGCAUACUCAUCACUUGUUCCAACUAUGCUAGUUCUUAAGAUUGAACUGGAUCAGUCCUUGUAUGUCUUUGUCCUACCAGAUGGAAAAUGAAAUGUUUAUUUAUUGACGUGGGCUCACGGUAGGUGGGAAUAUGACAUGACAAAACUGUUGUUCUGCGGGAAACUGUAGAGUGUAUUCACACGGUGGCCGAAGGGAAGACUGAAGGACUGGUCAAGGGAAAUCUGCUGCUAAAGCGACAAAGACUUCUGAAUUUAUACACACUGCUGAAUGGCGAAAAAUAGGUGAAAUAUUGCAUUUAUACACACAAGUGAAUUUAUAUAGACCGUUGAGCAAUAGUUUACAUGGCCCAAUUAUCUGAACUAAUUGUUUUGCAUUGAUUGUUGCUAGUCAUGAAUUUACAAUUGUUUAGUUAAAUCAACUGUAAUGUCCACGUCCUGCUAUGUUUCCCAGUAAAUAUGCGAAUAAAAUAUGCUUUGCUCUUGUAAAUAACA